AUGCCAGAUGAUGUCCAGGCUUCGGGACAUCCAUUAAUAGGUGUCAUUUCGUGGGGAAAGGCCAAUCUAAGCGGAAGAGGAUUGGAUGGCGAUAUGGCCAACCUCAUUGGAGAUCUUGAGGUCCACCGCGUUGUAGCCGACCACCACCGACAGGUGGGCUUGCUCCGCCUAAGCCAGGAAGUCCCUUAUGAUUUCGAUUUCUACCACCAAGCGCUGAAGGUCUUGACAGAGUCUAUGAUCAUCGCUUAUAAGAGCCACAGCAAUUGGCUUCGAAAGCUUCCAAAAUGUUCAAAGAUAAACAAACAUUUCAUAGCACAGCCGCAAGAUUCAGAUCGGAUACGGAGGAGGCGAGGCUAUAGCACAUCUUUAUUGCUGCUCGAGAGAUCCGCCUUUCUCACAGUCGGUUUUCGGCUUCUCGAGUCGGUGUUCGAGAACACGUUCCUCUGCCUCGAUCCUAUCUGUCGUCUCCCCGAUGGAGCCCAUGCUCCCAGACAGUACAAUUGCGCCGUAGUUCAGAAAAUGCUCGAGCGGGGAUUCUGGUAUUUGUCCAAGGCUCGAAACAAUUAUGACGAGUUCUCGCAGGCCUCAAAUCGCAUGGCCAUUCGAAAUGCAUGGCUAUGGGAUGGGGGACGAGGCCAGGCAAGACCAUGGUUGCCUCUAUUGUUCGCACGCUCAGAU